CACAGCAUAAGCAUUGAGAACUCCAAACCCAAAGCUCUCCUCAACUUUUUCUCUAAAACUCUCUUCCGCUAUAGACUGCUUAACAAGAUGAUCAGCACCAAGAAGCUCCUCAAAUUGGCACGAAAAUGGCAAAAGAUGGCUGCUAUCAGGCGAAAAAGAAUCGCCUUGCCACAAAUUAAUUAUGCAAGUGAAGAUACAAGCAGUUGCAGCACAUCAUCAAAAGCUGAGAAGGGUUAUUUUGUUGUGUACUCUACGGAUCAAAAACGAUUUCUGCUUCCUUUAGAGUAUCUUAACAAUGAAAUAAUCAGAGAACUGUUCAACAUGGCAGAAGAUGAGUUUGGAUUGCCAAGCAAAGGGCCUCUCACAUUACCAUGUGAAGCAGAGCUAAUGGAAUAUGCAAUUAGUUUGAUCGAGCAACGAGUUACAAGAGAUGUAUUAAUGGCACUUUUGACUUCCAUUGCUAACAGUUGUUCUUCGUCAUCUUUCCAUCUCCAAAAGCAAGUAGCAAGCCACCAACUACCAAUUAGUAGCUACUAACGAGUUGUAAUCCUUCUGUAAAUAAUACUUACAUAUGUUGAUAGAUUUCAUUACAAUUCUCUGAAAUUUUCCAUCAA